AUCUGGAGCUUCAAGUCAAGUCAACUGGAUAGCAUACGUUCAAUGUAGUAUUACAUUGAAGGUUCUGUGCGUGAGAUAUAAUAUAUACUCUCUUUCAUAGAGGUUCAAUCGAUUUAUUUAUUCAAAUUUUAAAAGUUUUCAUUUAUUUUGUUUUUUCUUUUUCGUUGACACUGUUAGUGAAUUAAAUUGUACAUCAGCUCUAAAAUAGUUUUAGAUUUUAUUAAUUAACUUUUUCAAGUUAAUUUUGUUUAUCAAAAUGUUAAUAUACUCUACUAUUAUAAUAUUAUGGACUUUUGUGCCGUGUUUUAUCACUUCAUUACCACAGUAUAAUCAGGAAUCAGAUAAUAACACUAAUGAUAAUAAUAAUUCGAGUUAUCGUUACAAAUAUACAAUCGAUGAUAGCAAUAAACAAGAUCACGAAAAGAACCUAGAGAGAAGAUUUGGUGAAUCGGCUAGUAGUCAAUACCACGCUAAUGGUGACCAGUCAUCUACUGACAUAAAAUAUUUCCUCGACGAAUGGGGCUAUCAUCCUAUCGUAAAAUAUAGAGUUCCCAAUGAAUACGCUGCUCCAGAUACACAUUUGGCUUUUGAUCUUCACAAAGCCCGUGUGGUUAUCAAUAAUUCCAAAAUCAAUGAGGAUGGAAUUUUAAUUGAAUUUCAGCAAACUGCUACAGACAAAAAAAUUUUACCAAUUGAUAAUUGGUAUGAAAAUACAUAUGGACCGACAUCAAUUAAAGACAUACCAGAGAAAAUUGACAUUUCCAAUAAUUCACACAAUAAUAAUAAUAAUAAUAAUAAUAUUAAUCUAGAAUUACAACAAUAUCAAUGGGUAGAUGACCAAGUUAAUCAAUAUUCAACAGAAACAGUAGUAGGAACAGAACCAAUAGCUGAUUUCCCUUCAAUAGAGGAACUCGGAAAUUCAAAGACGUCAGCUGAUUCAAAUAAUCAAGAUAAUUUAAACGUUACUGAUAUAAUAAAGCCAUCAACUGCAGUAGACGAUGCUUUGUCGUUGUCUGAAAAUUUUGGAAAAAAAAUUUACGAGAGCGACACUGUAGUGGGUACAUCACAUAUUUACCACGUUUCUGCGGAAACUCCACUUAAAAAAAAUGAUAAAACAAUUUCUCCAAGUAUCGGAGUAUCUUCACAAAAUUAUAAAAACGCUUUAGCUAGUUUUAAAACUCAAUUGAUAAAAAAUUCACAAAUGUCUAUGAAUAGUAAUAAUAAUAAAGGUUCAAAAACAAAUACAAAAGUAUUACCUGAAUUAUCACGUCUCACAUUUCAAAAUUUCAACGAUGCAACUGAAAAUUUAUCAGAUAUACAACAAACUGGUGUUACUGUAAAUCCACAAAUAACAAUAGAAACAAAGUUAAACUCACAAGAGCCUAUUGUUGUUGCUGAAACGUCAAUGACGACUGAAAAUUAUGAAUACAGUACAACUUUUCCAUGCAAUAAUCAAGAAGAAGAAAAUAAAAACAUAAAAUCAAGAGAAGAAACAAUACCACCAGAACAACGACAAAGUUCAACAGAUGAACGUACAUUAUACAACAUUGUCAAUUCUCCGUUGUUUGUCCGAGAACUUUCCCAUAGAGAAGAUCAGUAUACCACAUCACCCAUGAUAUUAAAUUCUAUCCAAGCUGGGUUGGCUUUAGUUAAUGCUGAGCGAACUCAUCUUAUUGGACAGAAUGUUGAGUCAUCGUUAACCAAUGUAGAACCAGCUGUCCACCAACUUGAAAAUCAGUUUGAAUUAAAUAAUAGGCAUUCAUCUUUUUAUAUAACCCAAUCAGAUGAAAUUCGUAUUUAUAAAAAUAAAUCAUUGGAAAAUAUUAACAGUGAUGGUUUUAAUGCUAGUACAAGUCAAAGUGAUGAAUCGAUAAAAUUAUCAUCAGUACCUAAUGUCACAUUAGCGUCAAUCAACCAUGAUAACGCCAGCGAUAAACUUGUAGAAAUUCAAAAGUCACUAGAGCUAUAUCAUAGUGCACCCAUCCAUGAAAUACAUUAUCCAGCUCAACUGACGUCUCAAGUAGUUACUAAAAUCGAUCACUCACCUCCACCAGAUUUACUCUAUCUUACUACGCAGAAGCAUAACCAUCAACAGUACAAUAAUAAUCAACAAAUAUCAGAUAUCCCUCAUCAAAAAGAUCAAAUUUCAUAUACAGAUAUUAAAGAUCUUACUAAUAGUAAUACUGAUUAUAAUUAUCAAUUUAUAUCGAUUUUCGAUAAAACCUCGCUUACAACAACAAAAACAACAGAUCAACAAGAUAAAUUUUCAAACUCAUUAAAUUUAAAUAAUAAUAAUAAUAAUAAUAAUAAUAAUAAUAAUAAUAAUAAUAAUAAUAAUAAUAAUAAUAAUAAUAAUAAUUUUUUGGACAUUGUACAACAAAAAAUAGUUGAAAUCAAUGACAAUAAAAAUUCAACAGUUGAUAAUUUAAAAAUACCAGUACAAAAUAGUAUUGUAGCUCAAAUAAAUAGUACUCGAGUGACAAGAGAAAAUUUAACUCAAGAUACAAAAAAUGUAACGUCGUUAUCACCAGAUUUUUUUGAUUAUUCUUCUCAAUGGAAUAAGCUAAAUGAUAAAUCGAUACAUUCCAACAAAGAGACACAUGAUAUUGCUGAGAAUGUCAAUUUCAAAAUAGAUUCAAAUCAAUGGCUUGAACCGAUUGCUGAUCGGUUAAACUACCGUAACAAUAAUGAUAAUAAUAAUAAUCAUUAUCGACAAAAUAAUCAACUCAAUGAUAGUAAAAUAAUAACAACAACAUCAUCUAACUCAAAUUUACCCCCACGCCAAAUAGAUAUUAAUUUCAAUAAAGAAAAAGAAAAACAACCACAACAACAAUACUAUCAUUCAAUUGAGGAUGAUGAAAUUAUUAGUGAUGCUACAGAUAAUUCAAAACAAACUGUUUACCUUUACACGCCAUCAGUAAUUGCUAGUGAUUAUGGAUCAAUACAAACAAAUUAUAAUUCCAAAUUGCCAACUAAUAGAAUAAUAAAUCGAGAAUUUAAUAGUGAUAAUGUUGAAUCAUUAUCGAAUUAUCCAGUUGACAAGUUCGCGGAAGGUAUACUUGAUAUGAAAGCUGCUUCAAGACCUUAUUCUGUUAACAAAGAUAGAGUUUUAGAGAACCUGCAACAGCAGAAGCACCAAAAGCACCAGAAGCACCAGCAGCAAAAGCACGUGCCAGUUAUCCAAGAUUAUCCAGUUACAGUUCAGAAGAUGCUGGAGAAUAAGGUUCCAUCACCUUACCCGAUUGAAACUACUACUACAAGUACAAGUACUAGUACUAGUACGACUUGUAUUCAUAAACUCAUAUCUCAACCCUAUCCUAUUCACAUACUCGAGCAGUUGCCAUAUCAAGUAGAUAAGGUCAUUGAAAUGCCAAUGCGAAUUCCAACUUACCAUCCACUUGAAAUUCCACUAAGAUUACCACUACCAUUAUCAUCAUCAUCAUCAUCAUCAUCAUCAUCAUCAACAUUAUCAAAAAAGCUAUCGGAAAAGUCACUUAAUAAUGAACCUUAUUACGGCAAUGGUAUUAGAUAUGGAGUAACUUACCAACAGAUUAUGAAUCCAUCCAUUAAUGGACUAUACCCGGUAAGAUUCAAAGAAACAAACUACGGAGAACUUGAAAAGUUGGCUAACAGUUCAAAUCAAAACUUUCAAGGUUAUAUCUAUGGCAAACAAUCCGUUAUACCGGUGGUAGGUUUGCGGCCUGCAUUGAGUAAACGAUACGGCUCAUUAAAUCAAUUGGGUCAUGCCAAACAUCAACAUCAAAAUCAAAAACAACAACAACAACAACAACAACAACAACAACAGAUUAUAAACUAUCAUCCAGCAGUUAUCUCUAAGAAACAGCUUUAUAAUAAUGUUUUGAAUCAAUUACCAAUUUUAAUCCAUCAUCCAAAGUCUGUUAUCGAUCAGAUUGAUUUAAGAUGGCACGUGACUCAUCCAACUGAGAAAUAUAAAAAAAAUAAAAUUGAGUACGUGGGGCCUGUACCAUUACUACAACCACAGCAGGUCUUGAAUCUUCAUCAGAAUCAAGUGCCACAUCCGGCUCAUCAAGAAUCGAUCCACUACUCGGAGCCUUCUGAUACGUCUUUGUCUCCUUCUUUUUCUUCAACAUCUCUAUCAUCGUUUUUUAAAAGAGUAAGACUGCCGGAAGUACAUUACUACGGUAAAAUGGGCAAUUUUAGACAAUCUAAAAUGGAGUAUGGAUUCAAACCACCUAUGGUACCGUCUAUUCAGUACGAUGAAGAGACGGCUACUAAAGUCGAUAAUUCUUAAUUCAUUUCAAUAAUAACUAAUGUUGUUGUUAUUUUGAUAAUUAAUCCAAAAUUUUUAUUAUAAAAUUCAAGUAUUAUUAUUAUUAUUUAUUAUUAUUAAUGUUUAUGUCUAUACAAUUAUUGAUUUCCUAUACUUUCAGAUAAUACAUAUUAUUUUUACUACUUUUUCCCCAACCUUUGAUCGUAUUUACAAAAGCAUUAUUUUUAAUUGUUUAGUUUAUAAUUAUAUAAUUAAUUUAUAAUAUCUUAAUUAAUUAUUAUUAAAAUACAGACUUAACUAAAUUAAACUUUAGAAUAAAUUAAGUCUAAAUAAACAAAAAAGCAACCGUUGAGUUGAAAAUAAUUG